CCAUUGAGCUCUUUUUUACUCUCGCUGAUCUAUCAUACACAUUCCUCGUCCAGCUUUUCCCCUCCCUUUUCCAGCCAUUCUGGUCCAAAGUCUCAAUCAUAGAAUUAACAUAAUUCUUGCUAUUCAUGCCUGAUAAAUACAUAUGACGAUAACGUAACGAUAUUAUUAACGCAAAAUAAGUGAGUACGACGAAAUAAUCAUUGUCAGGUGAUCGUUAAUUAUUUAUUUUUACGAGAGAUUGAAGUUGAUAACUAUUAUUUGGCUGACCACUGUGCGGAUCUUAUCGAAGUAUAAAUAUUGGAUUUGAUAUACGAAUAUUGGGAAAUUCUAAUAACAAUAUACAAAAAAUGGCAUUUCGUGAAUUAGUGGAAGGAGACUGUGGAGGUCCCAGCUCUUUAAUGCGCCUUGCAUCACAUUAUGUACAAGAUCAUGGUUUCAAGGAGGAAGGAAUUCAGCCUUUUAGGCCAUCCGAGACUUUUCAAACACAGGAUGCGGAUCAAUUAGUUCAACAAUUUUUAGAAGAGCCUGCCUGUCCACAGACAUUUCGUAUGGACAAUUUACUACAAGAAAUGAGAGAUAUCGAUCAAAAUAUCCAUCCUCCGAUAGCAGCACCUGGAGUCGUCAAAGAAUUAAGUGAUUUAGAUACAGCUUGGGAAAAUCUAUGUUUUAAGUCUGCUAAGCAAUUUGAAGAACAUCAUGUGGAUAAUAUAUGGAAUACACCUUUAAUGCAAUCCACUCAAGAAGAAAACACACAGUUUCUUGAAACUAGCAAACUUGGUCUAGAUUCAAAAUGGGUGGAAGAUUAUUUGGAACAUAACAUAAACAGUGUACAAGAUAAUAUUAACAAAAAUAAUGCACAAAUUAUAAAAGAUGAAGAUCCAAAUUAUGCAUAUUCAAGAUUUAUGAAAUUUAUGAAACAGGAAGGUGAUAUUCCAAUAGAAGCGCAAAGAGAAAUAGCCAACUUGGAUGAUGGAAUUGAAGAAUUAGAGCAAUAUUUUGUACAUAAACAAAAACCAGAAGAUAGUUCAAUUGAUAAUAUUAAUUAUGACGGUACAGUCUUAAACAAGGUAGAAGAAGAACUAGAAGCUGCGGGUACAUGGAUAGACGAAUUUGAAAAGGAAAAUCCAUCCUCAGAAUAUAAAUUAGAUUCAUUAUGGAAGCGGUUUCAAGAUGAAUGGGACAAAGUAUCUGCAGACGAGCUCUCUUCCACACAUCCAUGGGUAUCAGAAUUUGAUACAUAUUAUGAUCCAUUUAACAAAGAAUAUGAAUUUUGUGAAACAAAUCCUAUGAAGGAUUUACCAAAUGCACUAGCAGAAGGCAAGAAACGGUUAGAAGCAGGAGAUUUACCAAGUGCUGUACUCUGUUUUGAGGCAGCUGUUCAGCAGGAUGAAAAUAAUGUUGAAGCUUGGCUACUUCUUGGUAAAACACAAGCUGAGAAUGAACAGGAUCCUUUAGCUAUCUCUGCUUUGAAUCGUUGUUUGUGCUUGGAACCAUCUAACAGUGUUGCUCUUAUGGCAUUAGCAGCUUCUUAUGCAAAUGAGUCCUAUCAGAAACAAGCCUGUCUAACAUUGAAAGAGUGGUUACUAAAAAAUCAAAAAUAUAAGCAUCUAUCAAUUCCAGAGUCUAAUCUUACAAAAGACAAGCAACAGAAUUUCAGUGUGUCUACCUUAUUAUAUGAUAAAGUAUAUGAUGAAGUCAAAGAUUUAUAUAUUCAAGCAGCGAGAAUGAAUCCUCGAGAUGAAAUUGAUGCGGAUGUACAGUGUGGACUAGGUAUAUUGUUUAAUUUGUCAAGUGAUUAUAAUAAAGCUGUAGAUUGUUUCCAAGCAGCUUUACAAGUACGUCCUGAUGACUCCAGAUUAUGGAAUAGAUUAGGUGCCACUCUGGCUAACGGUCAGCGAUCAGCAGAAGCUGUAAAUGCAUACCAUCGUGCCUUAGAACUAUCGCCAGGAUUUAUUCGAGCACGUUACAAUCUCGGCAUAUCUUGUGUUAAUCUGGGAGUGUAUAAAGAAGCAGGUGAACAUCUUUUGACAGCCUUAAAUCAACAAGCUGCAGGAAGAGGUCCACAGGCCAACACUGUAUCCCCUAAAGCAAUGUCAAACACAAUAUGGUCUACAUUAAGACUAGUUAUAUCAUUGAUGCAUAAAUAUGAAUUGAUGGAAGCUGUAGAAAACAGAGAUUUGUCUAAGUUAAAUAAGGAAUUUGAAAUCAUAUAAAUGGAUGCAAAUGAUUUAUCAAAUCAAACAAUCUGAAAAUGAAUUACACAAUAUGAUUCAUUUUUAUAUAAAUUAUUUUGUAGAGGUGAGAAAUGAAAAAAAUGUUUUUUCCAAUAUACGUUAGUAAAAUAUACAAUACAU